CAGAGCUGCGCGGGUUGCGUGCCGCGCUUGUCCUGCUCCCGGCAUGGGUCUCCGGCUGCUGCUGCCGUCUCUGCUGUCGCUGCUGCUCGCCACUCGGCUCAAGCUAGGUAAUGGACAGGCUGCUAGCAUGGUCCAGCUGCCAGGUGGGAAAUUCCUGAUGGGAACAAAUUCUCCAGAUGGCAGAGAUGGUGAAGGGCCUGUCCGGGAGGUGACAGUAAAACCCUUUGCAAUUGACGUAUUUCCUGUCACCAACAAAGAUUUCAGGGAGUUUGUCAGGGAGAAAAAGUACCGGACAGAGGCUGAGAUGUUUGGGUGGAGCUUUGUCUUUGAGGACUUGGUCUCCAAUGAGCUAAGAAACAAAGCAACCCAGCAAAUGAAGUCUGUUCUCUGGUGGCUUCCAGUGGAAAAGGCAUUUUGGAGGCAGCCUGCAGGUCCUGGCUCUGGCAUCCGAGAGAGACUGGAGCUCCCGGUGGUACACGUGAGCUGGAAUGAUGCUCGUGCCUACUGUGCUUGGCGGGGGAAACGGCUGCCCACUGAGGAAGAGUGGGAGUUUGCUGCCCGAGGGGGCUUGAAGGGUCAGGUUUACCCAUGGGGGAACCGGUUCCAGCCAAACCGCACCAACCUGUGGCAGGGAAAGUUCCCCAAGGGUGACAAAGCUGAGGACGGCUUCCACGGAGUCUCCCCGGUGAAUGCUUUCCCCCCACAGAAUAACUAUGGCCUCUAUGACCUCCUGGGCAACGUGUGGGAGUGGACAGCAUCGCCAUACCAGGCUGCUGACCAGGACAUGCGCGUCCUCCGGGGGGCAUCCUGGAUCGACACGGCUGAUGGCUCUGCCAAUCACCGGGCCCGGGUCACCACCAGGAUGGGCAAUACUCCAGAUUCAGCCUCAGACAACCUUGGCUUCCGCUGUGCUUCCAGCACAGGCCGACCACCUGAGGAGCUGUGAGCCGCCAUGCACAAAUGAGUAGAAGUCCUCCGUGGUACCAGCGUCAUUCCCUGGCCAGACCCCAAACACUGCCAGACUCCAGGCUCUUCAACUUCAGCCUCAGGAAAGAACUCUUUCCCCUUCCCUGCCCCUCUGUGGCAGGCGCCUCUCCUGCCAGGGACUGAGAGGAUUCUAACCCUCACAGAAGGGCUGCCACUGUCUCUUGGAGAAGCGGCCCAACUUAUCACCUGUGGCUGGGAGCUGGGUGUUUCUCUCAGAGGUCAAGCAUUAACCAUCGAGGAGCCAAAUAUGCAAACAGUUGGAACAGAGUGCUCUGAAAGGCAGUUAGUCAAAAAUCUUACAAUCUAUUCCCUUUCCCUUUUUCCCUAACUCAGGAGUCUAAAAUUGUUUCCUCAAGGCAGAAUUUCCUCGGCUCUCUCUGUUUCCCCAACAAAUUACUGUAGAAGGAAGAUGGUUUCUUCAUUUGCCUCAUCUGUAGUAUUCCCUUCUGAAGGAACCUAAUUUCCACUCUGUGUAAAAGCAGUCACAUGGGCUCUUUAAAGCACGAUGUCAGUCUUAAAGGGUCUGGGAGAACCGAAUGAUUUACCAGGUGAAGCUGUGCAUUGUGGGAGUCACAAAGUAAAUAACACUCCAGAAAGACAAAUAUCAUCAGAAGCUUCCCCUUGUAUUGCUAGUUACAUAAGGGCUGUAAGUAUGUAUAUGCCUCUAAAAGCAUGUCCCUGGAGAGUAAUCUGCUCACGUGGCAUCACUGGAUGUUGUCCGGUUAGUAAAGUCUCUGAUUGUAUAUCUCA